AUGGUUUGUUUGGUGGGGUGGGUUUGGGUGGGGGGGGGUUUUGUGUGGUGGGGUGGGUUGGUGGGUGGGUUGGGGAGUGGGGGUUGGGGGGGUGGGGUUGGGGGUGGUGGGGGGGGGUGGUGGUGGGUUGGGGGGGGGUGGGGGUUUGUGGGGGGGGGGGGUUGGGGGGUGGUGUGGUGGGGUUGGGGGUGGUGGGGUGGGGGGUUGGGGGGUUGGGUGGUGGGGUUUUGGGUGUGUGUGGUUGUGGGGGUGGGGGUUGUGGUGGUGUUUGUUGUGUGGUUGGGGGUGGUGUGUGUGUUUGGGUGUGUUGUGGUGGUUUGGUGGGGGGUUGUGGUUGUGGUGGGGGGUUGUUUGGUUGGUUUGAGUGGGUUUGGUGGGGGGUUGUUUUUUUUGUUUGAGUUGGGUUGGGGUGUGUGUAUUGAAAGGGAUAUAUGGGGGUUGGGGAUGGGGAGUUGGGGUUUGUUGGUUGUUGUUGUGGGUUUGUGGUUGAUGGUUUGUGGGUUUUUGGGUUGGUUGGGUGGUGGGGUGUGUGUUGGGGGGUGUUUGGGUGUGUGGGGUUGGGGGUUGAUUGGGGGUUUGGGGGGGUGUUUGAGUGUGUUUGGUGGGGUUGUGUGUUGGGGUGGGUGGUGGGGUUUGGGUUUGGGGGGUUGGUGGGGUGGGGUUGGUGUGGGGUUUGGUGUUUGGGGUGUGGUUAGUGGGUGUUUGGGGUUGGUGGGGGGGGUGGGGUUUAUGGUUGGGGGGGGUGGUGGGGGUGGUGUGGGGGGGUGUGUGUGUUGGGGGUGUGGGUGGGUUUGGGGGGGUGGGGGGUGUUGGGGGUGGUUGUGGUGGGGUAGUUGGUUGGUGGUUUUGUAUGUGGUGUGUGUGUGUGGGGGGGGGUGGGGUUGGGGUGUUUGUGUAGGUGGGUAUGAGAUUAUGGGGUUGGGGAGAUUGUGGGUUGGGGUGGGGUUGUUGGUUGGUUUUUGGGUGAUUUGGGUUUGGGUAGGGGGGGUGUGUUGGAUGAUGGAGGUUUAUUUGUGGGUGAUGAUGGUUGGUGUGGUUGGGGAAGGGAGAGUUAAAUUGGGGGGAAGGGAGGGGAGGUGUAUUGGGGGUUGUUUGUUUGUUUGA